GCGCUUGGGGCUUGUUUGCCUUGCCUCUGUUUUUCGCUCCCGUUUGUGGUCCGCUUUCCACCCCUUUCUUUUUUCCCGACUCGACCUCAGCAGUUUUCAUGGCUCCUCCCAUGAUCGCUGCAUCUCUAUCUGCCAUCCAAUUCCAUCCCCGACCAUCCGCACCAUUGAUCCAUUUGGCGCGAGCCAGUCCUUAGGAGCUGGCUCACCCAGUUGCCGUUUUUUUCUAGUCUAAGCCUGACGCGCCCGACCUUUGGCCUGCUGGAGCCGUCUGCCGGGCCUGAAUAGCCUCGCGUCCGGUCCGCUUGGACGGUUGCCAACCUGCCCGCUCGCCCUUGGGUGCCGCCCCGGUCGAAUCAAUCGCGACGCAAGCCUCGUCCGCACACGUCAUUCUGCCACCGCAACGCAUCGACGGGCAUCUUAUUUCAGCUCUCGGGAGCCCGUAGACGUCGCGCGCGAAAUCAGAGCGACACCACGCGCCCAGCAUGUCCAUGUAUCCCGCCCACCGGGGGACCGGUGUCCCCCCACAGGCCAAUGGCCCCAGUCGCCUCAAUGAGCUGCUGGACCAGGUCCGAUCCGAGUUCGAGACUCAGGCGCGCCAGAGCGAAGGAUAUGAGCAUCAGAUCCAAAGCCAAAUCGCCGAGAUGCACAUGAUUCGCGAAAAGGUUUAUCAGAUGGAACAGACGCAAGUUGCGCUCAAGAACAAGUACGAGGAAGAACUGGCGCACCUGCGCCGCCAGCUCGAGGCUCGUGGUGGGAUGCCGCAAGGAGGCAUGGGCGGCCCGUCUCAGCACGCUGGCCCUGCACAGCCUCCCAACCUUGGAGUGGGUAACAACGUGUUCGGUGCUAUCAUGGCUGGUCAGACUGGCCAGCCGCUGGCCCCGCCUCCUCCUCCUCCGCAGGAACAGCAACAGCCUGCGCAACACCAGAUGCCGCAGCCGCCCCCCGGCCUCGCUGGUCCUCCGCCUCCUCCGCCGCCGCCGUCGCAGCAGCAGCCACCGUUCCAGCAGCAGUAUCCCCAACCCCCGCCGGGUCCGGGAAACUUCCCCGCGCAGCCACCGCAGAGCACCGCUUCUCCGGGGCCCGGUAAGCGCGGCGGUAUUGGCAGGCCCCCCGCUGGUGGCCCUGCGACUCCUCAGAUCAACGCGCCCAUGCCGUACCCUGGCCCGGGACAGUCGCCUCAGGUCCCUAGCCACCCUACCCCAGACCACUCGCGUGUUAUGCAGCACCCCCCGCCCGGGCCGGCGCCUCAGGCCCCCAACUCGCUAGGCGAUCUUGACGUUGAGCGUCUUCCCGCUCACUCCAAGAAGUCGCGGGACGAUUGGUUUGUCAUCUUCAACCCCAACGUCCCGCGCAUUCUCGACGUGGAUCUCCUUCACACCCUCCAGCAUGAGAGCGUUGUGUGCUGUGUGCGAUUCAGCGCCGACGGGAAGUAUGUCGCCACCGGCUGCAAUCGAUCCGCUCAGAUCUUUGAUGUUGCGACUGGUGAGAAGAUUUGCGUGCUCCAGGACGAGUCGGUGGAGAACAUUGGAGACCUUUAUAUCCGCAGCGUUUGCUUCAGUCCCGAUGGAAAGUACUUGGCCACGGGCGCCGAGGAUAAGCUGAUUAGGGUCUGGGAUAUUGCGUCGAAGCAGAUCCGAACCCAAUUUUCGGGCCACGAGCAGGAUAUCUACUCUCUGGACUUUGCUCGCGAUGGUCGCACCAUUGCCUCGGGCAGUGGGGACCGCACUGUCAGGCUUUGGGAUAUUGAGACUGGCGGCAGCGUGCUGACGCUCACUAUCGAGGAUGGCGUUACUACCGUCGCGAUUUCCCCCGACACGAAGUACGUGGCGGCCGGAUCCCUGGAUAAGAGUGUUCGGGUGUGGGAUCUCCACUCCGGCUUCCUUGUCGAGCGUCUCGAGGGCCCUGAUGGGCACAAGGAUAGCGUUUACAGUGUCGCUUUCUCUCCCAACGGAAAGGACCUUGUCAGCGGCAGUCUGGACAAGACCAUCAAGAUGUGGGAGCUCGCCACCCCCCGUGGCAUGCCGAACCAAGGCCCUAAGGGUGGUCGUUGCGUCAAGACCUUUGAAGGACAUAGGGAUUUCGUUCUUAGCGUUGCUUUGACGCCUGACGCCCAAUGGGUCAUGUCUGGCUCUAAGGACCGCGGUGUGCAAUUCUGGGACCCGCGGACUGGCAGCACCCAGUUGAUGCUUCAGGGCCAUAAGAACUCUGUCAUCUCGGUCGCGCCUAGCCCCGCGGGUGGAUACUUUGCCACAGGCUCGGGCGACAUGCGAGCUCGCAUCUGGUCGUAUAACCGCCUGGGACAUGGCGCGUAGUGAAUCCGCCGCUCUCUGUGCGAUUGUGACAACCAGUCCUGUCAGGGUGGGGUUGGAUUGGAUGGCUCGAGGGACAACGUUAAGGAGAGCAAAGAAAGAAAACCCCUAUAAAAAAGAACGGCUCGGCGCACGCAAGAAAGACGGCUGGACGCUGGGUAGGUCAUGUUAACUUUGUGUUUUUUUCUCCUUCCAUCUUUUCUGUUUCCACGUCUGUGGAGCAAACAGUGUCCUUUUACGAUGUUUGCUUGAUGGAAUUUCUGGCGUCCGGGAAGAAUGUAAGGGUAAGUCGGCCAAGGCAGUUGAAGGUUGGAGAUAUCUUGUUUUGCCAGCCUAUGACGGCGGGCAAUUACUGUUUUCCUGGUUUGCUCGAUUUCUAUUUCUCUUUCUCGUUUCCUUGGUCGAUUGUUUUUUAUCUAGUUGAAUAUUAUGUUUCCUUGAACGUUUUAUCUUUAUGCCCCA